AGUGAGAGGUGCACGCGCGAAUUUGAAGCGCAGCAGCGGUCCGAUCCCGUCCUCAAAGGGACGGUCCUCCGCCUGGUGCAGGACAGCGAGGUUCGCUGGGGCAGCACGCACGAGAUGGUCGCGGAAGCAUUGAGGCUCCGCCGAUCCCUCACUGCGCACUUCGCAGUGGAGCAGGUGUGCAAUGCAGUGGCGGUGGCAGCGCUGCUGAACGCCACCCUCGUGCUGCCCACGCUGCUGCUCAACAGAGUGUGGAACGACUCCAGCUCCUUCGCCGACAUCUUUGACGCCCCCUUCUUCAUCGCCCAUCUCGCCCCCUUCCUCCCCAUCAUUCCCAUUCUCCCCCCCAACUCUUUCCUCGUGCCGCCCAACUACUUCCCUGCGCCGCUCCUCGCCGUCCGCCUGCGCCGCCUCGCCCGCCUCUCAGGGCAUGUGGCUACUGGGCUGCUCACAGGGCGGCGACCGCUGCUGCCGCCCUACUUGCUGCUGCCACCCAAAAUCUCCCCCCCCCAGUGGGCGAGUGCGGACUAUUAUGUGACGCAUGUGGGGCCCGCACUGAGGGAAAUAGGAGCCGUGCGUCUGAACCCAUUUGCCAACCGCCUGUCCUCGCGGGGCCUGCCCCUGGCCGUGCAGCGCCUGCGCUGUCGCUGCAACUUCCACUCGCUGCGCUUCCUCCUGCCCAUCCGCGCUGCUGCCACUACCGCCCUGCACCGCCUCAAUGCCCAUGCUACUUCUGUCGUCAACCCUCACUCCACCUCUGCUGCUGGUGUCACAGCCAUGUCCCCCCACUCGCCACCUCUCCUGCGUCCACCUGCCCCCCUGCUGCCAUGGAUCCUCCCCCCGCCAUUAGCGCGUGCACGGGCGAGCGGCGUGUUUGUGGCGGUGCACGUGCGGUUUGAGCGCGACAUGCUGGCCUUCUCGCGCUGCUCCUUCUCGUCCUCACGCACCCUGCAGAGGGACCUCGAGCGGUACAGGGAGUUCGGGUGGAGCAAGUUCCAGCACAGAAGCGCCUGGUGGGGCCCACUCAUGCCGCUGCUGGGGGGAGGCACGCACGAGCAGGCAGAAGGGCAGGGGGAGAAGGCACAUGGGAGCACGGGGAGUUGGAGUAGCAGCAAUGACACUUUUAGCAGCAGUGGUGCGGAGGGGGCACAGGGUGUGGGCGAGUCAGCGAGGUCACUGAGAGAGGCGGGGCACUGCCCUCUCACGCCGCUGGAGGUGGCUCUGUUCAUGCGGGCAGCGGGCGUCCCCCCAUCCAUGCCGGUGUUUGUGGCGUCGGGUGCGCUGUACGGCCCGCCGCACCUCAUGGCCGCCUUCACCGCCCUCUACCCGCGCAUGCUCACCAAGGCGCACCUGCUCUCGCCACACGACCUGCGCCCCUUCCAGGGCCAUGCGUCGCAGCUGGCGGCCAUAGACUACCUGAUAGCGCUGCGUGCCCCACUGCUGGUGCUGUCGCACGGGUCCAACUUCGGGCACGUGCUCACGGGGCAGCGCCGCUACCUGCACGGCGGGCGCGCAGGCGUGCUUAAGCCCGACAAGCGCCGACUCGCCAAGCUCUACAGCCGCACAGACCUCAGCUGGCCGUCCUUCCAGACAUCGGUGCGCGCGCUGCUGAGGGUGGCGAGGGAGGCUGAGGAGAAGGUGGAGGGAGGGGGGCACACGGACGAGGAAGUUAGGAAGGAGAUAACUGGGAAGGGACGAGGGGCAAACACAACAGCGUGGGAGGUUGGAAUUGGGGGGAGCGUGGGAGGAACCCAAGGAUUGGGGAUGUACGAGGGUGGUCAGAAGCAAGAUAAGGCAAAGAGGAAGGGAAGAAUGGGCGGGGAGAAAGAAAAUGAUAUUUCACCUUACGUUGUUCCCCAGAAAUAUUGUAUGUGUUAGAAUUACGAGAGGAAAGUUGACUCAAGAUUACGAGAAAUCACAAGAAGGGGGAGGGGGAUACAAACAAGUACCAAAUCGGACCAAAUCGGUCUGAUGGUCUGAAAAUCAAACCAGUUUUUUUAU